AUGAGCUCCGACGGAAAGACGCCCGAGAACCUCGCAGAUUUGCAGACCAAGAUGAGCAACUCGAGUGAGUCGCGUGGCAUGGCGGGAUUGGCGCAGCACCGUCGUAGUGCCGAGGCCACAGAAAGACGAAAGAUGAUACACGACCAGCACGUCAAGCCGGGCUUCUUUGGACAAGCCUUUCACAACAUCUUCGGCCGCCACGCCAAGUAG